AUGUUUCAGCUAUAUUGCAGUAUACUUAUUAUCUUAGGAAUCGUGGCAGGCGACUUGCUCGCUUGGACUAUUGAUGACUUGCUUGGUUUCCUUUGUUGUCAAGGAGUCGACGGUGGUUUACGAGUACAGGAUACUCAUGCUGCCGCCGUGGACUCCCUUGAACUGGAAACUGUUGUUGAAGAACCCCACAGCUUGACGGCGCCCGGCCUUGCCUAUGCCAUCCCUGGAUUGGCCUUGUUGGCAGCCUUGGCGUUGGCUGUUUGCUGGGUUUUAAAAAGAUAUCGACUCGUAUUUUAUGAUUUGGAUGAAGAUCUGGAAACCUACGACUUUAGACUGGAAGAUAAUCUACAACUGGACGACAGUGAUGACGACGUAGACCUAGAAGACAGCGACGACGACAUGGAACUGGAAGAAAGCGACGACGAGGUAGACCUAGAAGACAGUGAUGACGACGUGGAACAAGAAAACAGCGACGAUGAUAUAGAACUAGAAGACAGCGACGACGACGUAGACCUAGAAGACAGUGACGACGACAUGGAACAAGAAAACAACGACGAUGAUAUAGAACUAGAGGACAGCGACGAUGACGUAGACCUAGAAGACAUUGACGAUGAAAUGGAACUGGAAGAAAGCAAGGACUACCUGGACACAGAUGUGGAUGAAAUGUCUAGACUGCGAAAUCGUCUAGAACUUGAGGACCCGGAAGAUAGUGUCAAUGACCUGGAAACGGAUAAACGUCAAUUGCCUAGACUGGAAGAUCUGGAACAAGAGCUGGAAGGAAUUGACCUGAAGACCGAAAGGACUGAUGUAGCUCUGCCAGAGGAGAGCUUAGAACUGGAGGAACUGACAGGUACUGAAGAUGGUCCUGAAAUUGUUGAACAACCAAACUGUUUGAUGGUGCCAGCCUUUGCCUUUGCCAUUCCUGUUUUGGCCUUGUUGGUAGGCUUGGCCUUUGCUGUGCAAUGGAAUGUCAACAAUCUUGUUAACCAUCUUCAGGAACUGGAAGAACCUCAGGAAAACGAAAAGCCCGAAGAAUAUAGACUGGAAGAGACCUUAAAACUGGAUCUAGAAAAGCAGAGACUGAAAGAAGAACUGGAAGAGAGCAAGGUUGCUGCAGAUGAAAUGGAGCGUCUUUGGAAGGAGGCAAAAGAGGAGAUUAUUCUGCUCCAGAAUCAAAUGGCAGAAAAGGACGUGUUGCUGAGAAAGAAUGCAGAUCAGGAGGCAAUUAUGAAAAGUGAAAUUGUCAAUUUGCACCAUCAAAAUGAAGAAAUCUUGGCCGAGCAUCAACACUUGAAAGAUGACCUGCAACAGGCUCUAAACGAAGGAGAGAGGAUGGAAAAUUUAAAUAAUGAUCUUAAGGAGGAAUUAGAGUCUCUGGAGAAGGAAUGCAAAGAGGAGAUGGCCAACAAAGAAAGAGAACUGCAGAAGCAAAUCGACAUUCUGACUAAAUUACUCGAACGGACUGCUCUAGAGUCUAAGAAGGACCAAGAAAAACUAAUUGCUCUGGAAGGUCAAAUGGCGUCCAUUGAAGACACUGUCUCUGAACUGGAAAGCCAGAUAAUGGACAUCACAGUGGACCAAGAUGCUCUCCGAGGAAAACUAGAGCUGAAGGAAGAGGAAAACGCGAGACUCAAAGCAGAAAGAGAGAAGAUGGAAAAUUUAAAUAAUGAUCUUAAGGAGGAAUUAGAGUCUCUGGGGAUGGAAUGCAAAGAGGAGAUGGCCACCAAAGAAAGAGAACUGCAAAAGCAAAUAGACAUUCUGACUAAAUUACUCGAACGGAAAGCUCUAGAGUCUAAGAAGGACCAAGAAAAAUUAAUUGCUCUGGAAGGUCAAACGGCGUCCAUUGAAGACACUGUCUCUGAACUGGAAAGCCAGAUAAUGGAAAUUACAGUGGAACAAGAUGCUCUCCAAAGAAAACUAGAGCUGAAGGAAGAGGAAAACUCGAGACUCAAAGCAGAAACUGAGAUCAUGGGAGCAAAACUACAAGCGAUGAAGAACUGCGUCUCAGAGUUAUGGGAACAGAAUGCGAGGUUGAUUGAGGAGUUAGAAGAAAAAAAAGUAGAAGUCACUUCAGUGAAGGAAGAGCUAAGAAAUGUGAAGAUGAAGACCCAAAUUUUGGUUGAAGAGGUCCAGGUCAUGAGGAAGUGGGUCGCUGAGUUAGGAGGAGAGAAUUCCAGGCUCCAGGAAGAGGUAGACGAAAACUGCCUGGAAAUAACUUCACUGAAGAAAUCAUUAAGGAAGGAGAAAAGACUUCUAGAGGAAGCUCUCCAUCAUGGGAAGGAGAUGGAGAGCUUGUUGGAAGCAGAAAAAAAGAGAGGGAAGGAGAUGGAGACUUCCCUCAGAAUCUUAAAAGAAGAGCUUGACAACAGGGGCCUCCAAAUGGAGAGAUUAUUAAAUAAGGAAAGAAGAUUAAUAUCUGAAAAAGAAGACCUAGGAGAGAAACUAGCCAUCGCUCUCAAUCAGGGGAAGGAACUGGACAGGUUCCUAGAGGAAGCAGACGAGAAGGCCAGAAAAAUUGCUCGCGAUUUUGAGGAAGAGGUCCAGAAAAGGGAGACCCAAAUAUGCCAAUUGUUAGGCCAAGAACAAAAACUCAAAGAAGGACUGCAGCAACUUGGAAAGGAAUGUGAAAGGUUGACAGAAAAGUGUAGGAUGCAGGAGGAACAUGAGAUGAGGGAAGCACAACGUUUCAGAGAGCAUCAGAGGAGACAGGAAGAGGCUUUGAAGCAACAGGAUAAAUACCUGUUGAUGACGCUUCUCCAUGGGACAGCUCAGAGGAAUUUCCACCUGCAACACAUUGCACUGGGUGGAAAUGAAGUUCUGGAGGAAACCAGUGAAAAGGAGACGGAAGAUGAAGGGCAAAAAGAGGACCUGUCUGACCUCUUGCGAAUGAAGAAGGAGAAUCAGUUUAGGAACUACUGUGACGCCCAACGUGAGAGGACUAACUACGGGCGGCAGUGGGAGGUCCUAACUCAGACGUUGACGGAUCUCAUGCAUGGAGAUGAGAGAAUGGCGGAAGCGACGAACGGAGGACCUAACAUGCACUCCGGAGUUUACAGUGAGGCGCCUGAACAAGAAGAUGGGGAGACGAUGCCCCAGGACACCAUACUGGGGAGACGAUCUCCCAAUUAGAUCAGCAGAACUGGGCACAGAAGAUGUCUCGAGGACCAAUUCUGAAGCACCAGUUCCGAAGCGGCAGGCAAAAAGAGGCAAAUCUUGAUGCCUUUGCCUUCUACAGCAGGAGGGGGAGAUGAACCCGUGACACCCCCCAACAAAGGUCAAGCAAAAGGGCCAACUCGAGUGAGUCACAGACUGACCUGGCGACCGUGAGGCUGAGGGCAUAUCCUCAGCAGCGUGAGAGGGACUUCCCCCCACCUUCGAAAAUUUCCCCCAGGGCCUCCCCCCAGGCCCA